AUGGCCAACAGACAAAAUAAUUCAAUUAUUCAAGUGAAUGAAGAAGCAGUGAUUAAUGAAGGGAACAUGCUAACCAAUGUCAUUCAUUUGUUCCAAAAUGGACGUCAAUUUUAUGACAAGGCCGAUGAAAAUCCACAUACACAUAUCUCCCAAUUUUUAGAGAUAUGUCAACAGUUUAAAUAUCAAGAGGUUUCAGAUGAUGCGAUCGGAUUGAUAUUAUUUCCACAUACUCUAAGGGAUAGAGCGCUUGAAUGGCUAGAUUCACAACUUAUUGCUAGUAUCAUUACUUGGAAUGAUUUGGCUAAAAAAUUCUGCAUCGAAUUCUUCCCACCAGCGGAGAUUGCAAAGUUGAAGAAUGACAUAUCCAUAUUUCGACAGGGAGAAACUGAAUCAUUUGAUGAAGCUUGGAAUAGAUUCAAGAACAUGCUUCAGAAGUGCCCUCAUCAUGGCAUCAGUAAAGGGCUCCAGGUCCAAUAUUUUUAUGCAGUUCUACUUCCAUCUUAUAAAAGCAUGGUGGACUCAUCAUCCAAUGGCUCCUUAUCCAUGAAGAUAAUUGAUGAAGCUUUGGAAUUGUCUGAGAGAAUGGCUACUACCACAGCCAUGUGGGCCUUUCAGUGUGUUGUUCACAAGAAAGUACCGGGAGUUUAUGAGGUGGAUACGUAUACAGCAUUGUCUGCAAAAAUUGACUCUUUAGUUCAUAAGGUAGAGAGGAUGUCACAGUCAACCAAUGCAGUACAGGCCAAGAAAGCAAGUUGUGAAGAAUGUGGGGUGGAUCAUAAUACAGUAAAUUGUCCAAUUCUUAUACAAGGUAUGGAAUAUGUUGACUAUAUACAAGCGGGUCAGUGCCAACAAAAUAAUCCAUAUUCAAACACCUACAACCCUAGUUGGAUGAAGCACCCAAAUUUUUCUUGGAGCAAUUAG